UUGCAGCUCCUCUUGGCUUGUUGCUCUCAGCCUGGGGCUGCCUUUGGGCCAUGGAGUCAUCCUUCCCUGCCCUGGGACUGGCUGCUUGGGCCCAGCUGCAGGCCAAGGCAGGAUGUACUCUUUGCUGGGGUGCUCAAGGCACAGCUAGUAGCCAUCAGCCUCUCCUGGAACUUUUUCUGCAGGAUCACCACAGUCUUGGCAUGUUCACGGUGUCCCCCUGCUCCGGCUCCAUCGGUCCGUGGGGCCAGCAGGAGAUCAGAGUGGAAUGCCUCGCAGGGCAGGAGGGGACAUGUGAGGAGCAGCUCAGCAUUGACAUCACAGGCAGAGACCCCAAGGACAACCCCCUUGGCAUUGCCUUCACCCUGAUUGCCCAGUCCUGCCUCCCAGCAUUCAUUGAGGAUGUAACAUUAAUCUUCGAGGAGUACCCGAUCUGCAGCAGCACCAACCUCGAGCACAAGCUGCAGUCGGUGGAAGGCACCGGCCUGUAUGUCAGAGAUGAGAAGAGAUUCAUCUUCAGCAAGGUUCAGGUUGGGCAAGAGGCUGAGGCUCAUUUCAAUAUCUACAACGCAAGUUGUCUGCCAUGCAACGUGGUCCUCUCCAUCAAACCCCUGCCUGGAGAGGAACAAAGCCUUAUCAACAGCAUUUUCAAGCUGCAUCCACUCAAGAUGUCAGUUCCUGGCUCAUCCUAUGCCGUUGCUACGGUGACCUUCAUCCCACCAGAGGAGCAGAACUACACCUGCAUUUUCAGGGCUUCCCUUGUCAUCCCAAAAGGCUGUGUGGAAAUGAAACCCCAAAGCCUGAGCUUCACCAUCAGUGGGAAGGGGCAGGAGCCGCAGCUGGCAGUCGUGUGCCCAAGCUUUCCAUAUGGCUGGAGCUGGUUGGAAGCAGAUGGAAUGAGGGCUGGGCAUCAGCCUGAGGUUAAGCUGCUUAAGUGGUGCUGUGUCUGGAGGUGGCAGGCUUGUGAAGAUAGCAAGAGGGCCUGCAACCACUGGGGGUAGAACCUGUGCGUAGAAGGCAGCUGGUUUCAACCUC